GUGGGCUCCCGCGGUUCGGCCUUCCUCCCUCUGUGACUCCAAUUCCCGGCAGUCAGUGGGCUCCAAGGUCCGCCCUUUUUCUGGAGGAGGAGCUCAGAGCGUACGGGAGGGGGCGGACCCUUGCCCCUCCGGCGCUUGGGCCAGAGUGGUGCGGGCGGCGCGUGGCGGCGAUCCCCACGUGGUGGCUUUCUCACGCUAGCCCUCUUUGGUCCUCCUUGACGUCCCGGGCCUCUGGGCCCGCUUUCUGCCGAGAUGCCGAAGGUCAAGUCGGGGGCCAUCGGCCGCCGCCGCGGGCGGCAGGAGCAGCGCCGGGAGCUGAAGAGCGCUGGAGGACUCAUGUUCAACACGGGGAUUGGGCAGCACAUUUUGAAAAAUCCUCUCAUUAUUAACAGCAUUAUCGAUAAGGCUGCCUUAAGACCAACUGAUGUAGUGCUGGAAGUUGGACCUGGAACUGGCAACAUGACUGUAAAGUUGUUAGAAAAGGCAAAAAAGGUUGUUGCUUGUGAACUUGACCCAAGGCUAGUAGCUGAACUUCACAAAAGAGUUCAGGGCACGCCUGUGGCCAGCAAACUUCAAGUACUGGUGGGUGAUGUGUUGAAAACAGAUUUGCCAUUCUUUGAUACUUGUGUGGCAAAUUUGCCUUAUCAGAUCUCUUCGCCUUUUGUCUUCAAGCUGUUGCUACAUCGACCUUUUUUCAGGUGUGCUAUACUUAUGUUUCAAAGAGAAUUUGCCCUCCGACUGGUUGCAAAACCUGGAGAUAAGUUAUACUGCAGACUCUCAAUUAAUACACAGCUGUUGGCACGUGUGGACCAUCUAAUGAAAGUGGGAAAGAAUAACUUCAGACCACCGCCCAAGGUGGAAUCCAGUGUUGUAAGGAUAGAACCCAAGAAUCCACCACCACCCAUCAAUUUUCAGGAAUGGGAUGGUCUAGUAAGGAUAACCUUUGUUAGGAAAAACAAGACACUCUCUGCUGCAUUUAAAUCAAGUGCAGUGCAACAACUCUUGGAAAAAAACUACAGAAUUCACUGUUCAGUCCAUAAUAUUAUAAUACCAGAAGAUUUCAGCAUAGCAGAUAAAAUACAGCAAAUCCUAACCAGCACAGGUUUUAGUGACAAACGGGCCCGUUCCAUGGACAUAGAUGACUUCAUCAGAUUGCUACAUGGAUUCAACGCAGAAGGUAUUCAUUUUUCCUAGGUAUUUGGAAAACAGAAAUUUUCAAGGUCAAGAAAAGAAAUGAAUUUUGUAUUUUUUGUAUUUGAGAAGAUAAUGCUUUUGCUUUACUGAGACAUUAUUUACUUGACUAUUUUUGGUUCAAUACUACUACUGUUGUCACCAUUUAUGAUUCUGAAUUUUAAAGUUGGAAAGUUCUAAGUAUCAAAGUUUUUAAUAUAUAAUGCUGGUCUAAUCUAUUCAUAAUAAUCUUCAAGUUCAGGAGCCGCAGAGACGCACAACUUUACACUUAUCAUUUCUAACAGUUUAUUGUAUAAAGAUGUUACUCUUCUAUUUACUGUUAUAUACUGUAAGGCCUUCUUUAGGCCUUUAGCUCUGUUCCUCCAGUAAUAAAAAAGUUAAAAUAUG